AAAGAAACGAGACAAAAGUUGAAGAAAAACCUGCGAGUCAGAGUCAACGCAAGGAAAGAGGAAAUGGAAUCAAUCGGAGUGUUGGUGCCUCACCCAACCUUCCCUUACCUCGAGCACCACCUCCAAGCCCGAUUCAACCUCCUCCGUGACAGAACCAAACACGCUGCUUCCAUACGCGCCGUCGUCGUGAAUUCCGUGGACGGCGCCGACGCCAAGCUCAUCGAUGCGCUUCCAAUGCUGGAGAUCGUGUCCUGCUACGGCGUCGGCGUUGACAAGGUCGAUCUCAGAAAGUGCGCCGAGAGAGGGAUCCGCGUGACUAACACCCCUGAUGUCAUCACCGACGAGACCGCUGACGUGGCAAUGGCCUUGAUUAUCUCCCUCCUGAGGCGGCUGUGUCAUUGCGAUGUCUUCGUCAGAAGCGGAAAAUGGAAGCACCAAGGCAGCUACCCUCUCACCACUAAGUUCUCUGGAAAGACAGUUGGCAUUCUUGGAUUGGGGAGGAUAGGGAAGGCGGUGGCGAAGAGAGCCGAGGCCUUUAACUGUAGGAUAUGUUACCACUCAAGAACAGUUAAAACAGAGUGUAGUAGUUACAAAUACUACCCAAGUGUUGUUGAGUUAGCCUCUAACUGCGACAUUUUAGUUGUUGCUUGCUCCCUCACCAUAGAAACGCACCAUAUAAUUAACCGCGGUGUGAUGAACGCGCUUGGUCCUAAGGGCGUUCUAAUCAAUGUUGGGCGAGGGAAGCAUGUUGAUGAGGCUGAGCUGGUUUCUGCGCUGCUGGAAGGUCGCUUGGGUGGGGCCGGCUUGGAUGUGUUCCACGAUGAACCUCAUGUGCCUCCAGAGCUGUUUGGGUUGGACAAUGUUGUGCUCUUGCCUCAUAUUGGAAGCGCCACCGUCGAAACUCGCACUGCCAUGGCGGAUCUUGUCCUUGCAAACUUGGAAGCUCACUUUCUCGCAAAACCACUUGCCACUCCAGUCCUGUUGAAUCUAGGGUUAGUGAGUGAAUCUAGGUUAAGUGCGAUUUACUGGCUAAGAAGGGGGACUAAGCCUCUCUCUCUCUGGACGAUGGAAGUGGCUAUAAUGGAAUCCAUGGGAGUGGUGAUGACGAACCAAAUGCACCCCUACCUGGAAGAGCAACUGGCUAAACGCUUCAACCUCUUCAGGCUCUGGAACUACCCCUCCCUCGCCGCCUUCUCCAAAACACACUCCAAUUCCAUUCGCGCACUCAUCGGCAACACCAAAUUGGGUGCUGACGCCACCAUGAUCGACUCCCUCCCCAAGCUCGAGAUUGUCUGCACUUACAGUGUUGGACUGGACAAGAUUGACCUCCCCAAAUGCAAGCAGAGAGGCAUCCGCGUCGCCAACACCCCCGACGUCCUCACCGACGACGUCGCCGACCUCGCCAUUGCCCUUGCCUUAUCCGUCUCCCGGAGAAUCUGCGUUUGUGAUUCCUUUGUCCGAAACCACUCCUGGUCAAAAUCAGACUUUUAUUUGACUUCAAAGUUUAGUGGUAAAGCAGUUGGAAUUGUUGGCCUGGGGAGGAUUGGUUCUGCAAUAGCUAAAAGAGCCGCAGCUUUUGGGUGCCCAGUUAGUUAUCACUCCAGGUCCGAAAAACCAGACACAGGGUAUAAGUUCUACUCUAACAUCCUUGAUUUAGCAGCUAACUCUCAAAUACUCAUUGUAGCGUGUGCCCUCACUCAAGAAACUCAUCACAUCGUGAAUCGUAAAGUUAUUGAUGCAUUGGGACCAAAAGGAAUUCUAAUCAACAUUGGGAGAGGCCAACACGUCGAUGAAGCUGAACUUGUGUCCGCCUUGACGGAAGGAAGACUUGCCGGGGCUGGUCUUGAUGUGUAUGAGAAUGAGCCACAUGUGCCUGAGGAGCUCUUGAGGCUUGACAAUGUCGUCCUCGUCCCUCACAUUGGAAGCGACACUGUCGAAACUUGCAAUGCCAUGGCAGACCUUGUCAUUGCUAACUUAGAGGCACACUUCCAGAAUAAGCCACUCUUGACUCCAGUAACUUGAUCACUAGCUUAUGGUUUUCAUUUAGCAUCAGUUUAGUUUUGUCCUUGUAUUUCAUUCUUUGUUGCAAUAAAGAAGUUGCAUGAUUUGGGGUACUUUGUGAAGCUUGAAGGAUACUUCCCUAUGACUUC